AUGAUAAAAUAUUCAAAUUUAGUUAUACCAAAAACAAAGUCAAUCCUUAAAAGUGGUUGCAAUAAUAAUAUUGGAUAUGGAGAUAGAUACUUUUUCAAUAAAUUAUUUGGUAGCAACGAUGCAAGUGAUACACAUAAUCAACCAACCACAAAAAUAGUUACAAAAGAAAUGACUAAAGAAUUAAAGUAUCCAGUUAACCAAGUUUAUAGUGUUAUUAUAAAAGUUGAAGAUUAUAAAGAAUUUUUACCAUUUUGUUUAAAUUCAACAAUAUUGAAAAGAGAAAAAGAUAAAAAUCAUUUUGAAGCUGAAUUAGAAGUUGGACAAGGUACGAUUAAAGAAAGUUAUGUUAGUAAAGUUGUAUAUAAAGAGAACAAAUUCAUUGAAUCCACUGCAACUGAUACACCACUAUUUCAUAAAUUAAUUAAUACUUGGAGUUUUAAACAAGGUCAAACUCCAAAUACCACCAUUGCUCAUUGUAAAUUAAUAUAUCAAUUCAAAUCACCAUUCUAUGCAACUUUAAUGGAAAAUUUCUUUGCCUCUUCUUUAGAUGUAAUGAUUAAUUCUUUCGAUAAACGUUGUGAUGAAUUAUAUGGUAGUUCAAAUUCUUUCAAAAAAUAA